AUCUUAAAAUUGGGCUACUCAUUAACCCACAUUUAAAAAGGGUCCUGAAGAGCCUGUCAUGGCCGCGCCCUUAGGCGAAGUUGAUCUGUGCACAAGUGCGAUCUGUUAGCACGGUAGAUAUUGUCAUCCUUAAAAACGUCUUAAGUUUUAUGGACAGGAAUAAAGGUAUUUGAUUUUCGGUUGCAGGUGAAGGCUAAAAACAUCUGAAAACCAUGUUUGGUCGAGUUGCCCUUGCAGUGGUCAUAACUGCAGUGAUAGCUUGGCAGCUGGAGUUCUAUAAAUGGGAGGACAUCAGUGCAGCAAUCACCCGCAAUCUGAAUAAUGUGAUUGGGCAUUCAGAGGAACCGGGCCAGCAGGAGGGAUCCAAAGAAGAGGCCAAAGCACCCCUGCCACCGCAAGUGGAACAGCCCCAACGACUGCUGACUAAGGAAGAAUUGGCACAGUACAAUGGCAAAGAGGGGAGCAAGGGUCUUUAUCUCGCCCUCUUCGGCCAAGUGUUUGAUGUGGGGAAAGGUGCCAGGCACUACGGGCCCGGAGGCGGGUAUGAGUUCUUUGCUGGGUGUGAUGCAACGAGAGCUUUCGUCACUGGAGAGUUUAACGAUGAAGGGUUGGUGGAUGAUGUGGAAGGACUAAGUCCACAGCAGAUGAUAGAAGUGGAGACUUGGGUAAACUUUUACAAGAAGGAAUACGUACCGGUUGGUAAACUAAUUGGAAGACACUAUGAUGCUUCAGGAGCCCCGACAGACGCAUUCAAGAGAGCAGAGCUGGUUUUGGAGGAGGGGAGGAAAGAAAAGGAAAAAGAGGCGGAGUUUAAUAGAAAGUAUCCCCCUUGCAACUCCUCAUGGACUCAAAAAGACGGCACAAAAAUAUGGUGUUCGGAUAAAAGUGGUGGAAUAGUCCGUAAAUGGGCUGGUGUUCCAAGACGGUACUUUACUCCUGGCUCCAGCAAUUGGCGUUGUGUCUGUGUCCAGGAACGAGACCUUGACAACCCUCAUAUGAGACUCUUUAAUGGCUGUGGUCCGAAAGAUGCGUCUUGUUACAUGGAUAGAAAGUAGGGUAAUCCUUACUUUUAGGACCCCUUUCCUAUACAAGGUGAAAAAGACUCACCAAACAACUGACUAACCAACAAAAGACUCACCAACAACUGACUAAAUGACACUCAAAAGUGACAUUCUGAUAUUGCUUGUCAUAUAGACCUUUCUGCGCUUGAUUGGCAAACUGCAUUUUUGCCAACCACGGCUGCAAAACUAUGGAAGGUCCAACACUGCAAAAAUGAAGAAGAGUUAUUACAGAUCACCAAAAUAUUAUUUGACAUUUGAAAAUACAGCAUUUUCAACAAUAGCUAUUAAAUAAUUCAUACACAUGCCUUUUUACUAUGUGUUGAUGGCGUAAUGAGGACUUUUUUUGGAAAAAUAUGUGGGCCAACCACGGCUUCAAUUUAUGCGCUUACGGCAGCCCAUACAAAAUGGCGCCAAUGUUUACAAACAAAAGAAAGGCCUAUAUCUGAACAGUAUGAUGCCUUGAAUAUCAGCUGGUUUAAUUUUGUGGAAAGAGGCUGGCAGGGCUUUGAUUUAUGAGGGAAAAUGAGGGGGAAAACACGUCGAUGAUGAACAGAAAACUGAGUCAAACAGGGUAGGAAAGUCACAUUUUCUUUGAAAAUGCUUUCAAAAUUACAACUAACAUGAAUUUAUAUGAAGAAAAAAGACUGCUUUAGCCUGCAAAAGUCACUUUGGUACUGGACAGUCAUCUGCAAAAGUAAGUUUUGAACAGAACUAGUAAAAAAAUAGAGGUGUCCUAAAGAUAAGGAUUACCGAAAGUAGCUUUUUUUUGCUCAGGAGGGAGGUAAGAUCACUUUAUAAUCAGGAUGCCUGUUUUCAAUUCAGGCUGACACUCUUGAUGACGAGCAGGGCAUACUGUUCAAAGCGUCGAUUUAAACCAACUGGUUCUUCUCAGAACCACACAACUCACUAAGAGAUAUCUUUCAUUCACAUGAUGUUACUGCAAACCUCCCAUUCAUCAGGCUUUUCCAUGUUUUGGAAAAACAAACUUGGGCUUUCCAUCCCUUCACAGGCUGAACAAAAUAAAUCUUCUCGUAGCAUGCACAGAAAAAAAAUUGUGCUUGCGAUGCUCCAUGACACACGCGCAUAUAGCGCAAAGUACACACGACUGAUUUUAUUCUAAAUGUGCACAAAGCCAUGGCAUCGAUCUCAUGAGCAUCAGGCUUUGUCGGUGAUGCUUUUGAAUGUCUCU